CCUCCCGCGGUCGAAUAUAUGCCGCUCCCCCCCAGCUGUUUCACACAUCCAUUCAAUUCCUCUCCCACCUCGCCUCGUCCACCGCUUCUGGGCUCUGGCCUCCUCAUAGCCAUGGCCCACCACUCACCGUCGCCGUCCGGCAGCAGCAGCAGCCACCACUUCCGCCGCCUGUCGGAGCUGCUGGGCGAGCAGCAGGAGCCCUUCUACCUCGACCUCUACCUCCUCGAGAAGGGCUGCUCCCCCGUCUUCCUCGACGCCGCGGCGUGCGGCGGCGGCGGCGCCUGCUCGACGUGCUGGCCGAGGGCCCGGAGGGCCGGCGGCAGGCUGCUGAGGCGGCCGGCGGCGAGGGGCAAGAAGGCGCCCAGCGGGAGCGCCGUGCUCCGGCUGCUCCUCUCCAAGAUUCUCAGCGGCGCGACGACGGCGCGGGCGCCGGGUGCCGCGACGGCGGCGGCCAAGAAGAAGCGGCCUCAGCCGGCGGCCAUCGAGUGGCGCUGCGCCGACUGCGAGAAGCAGGGGGCGCCGAGCCCCUCCACGGACGCCACUGUUGCUUCUCCCCAGCGCGCCGUCGAAGGCCACCUCCCGGAGGUCGACGAGGAGCAGGAGGAAGACGAGGAAGAGGAGCAGGAGGAAGAGGAAGAGGAGGAGGACGAGUCGUCGAAGAAGCAGCUGAGCCCCGUCUCCGUGCUGGAGCAGCGCCUGUUCGAGCACUCGCCGCCGCCGCACGCGCAGAAAGCCUUCGUCCUCUUCAGCGAGCUCCUCGAGGCCGCCUGCGCACCAACCACGCUGAUGCACCUCCUCGCCAACGCCAGGCCGUACAAACCCAAAGACGGCCGCCUCCGCCGCCGCGGCACCGACGGCGGAGGCUCGGCGCCGACGACACCACGGCCGCGGGCUCGGAAGAAGAAGAACAGCAGCCUCCACGCGCGACGGGAGCCGGACGACGACGACGACGCCGCGCCGCUGGAGAGGGACCUCACCGCGGUGGCCGCGCUCGUCGCGUCGGAGAUGCCCGGCGCGAGGGUCCGGCCCGAGGACGCGCGGCCGGAGCGGGAAGACGUCGGCGCGGACAUCGCGGCGGCGGUGCUGGACGCGCUGGCGGAGGAGGCGGCGGCGGAGCUGCUGCUCCUGGUGACGGAUGGGGAUGGGGAUGGACCACGGCCGUGCGGCUGACACGGCGCGGGCGGCGACGCUGACCUCCGUUGUUGGGUUUCUGGUGGAGAGGGUGACGUACGCGUCUCAUCGAAAUGUGUGUACGUGUAUUCUAUGGUUGAUGGUGGUUUUCUUGGUUGAAGUGUGUAGUAGUUUGUGCUGAUUGCCUGACAGUGCCAAGUGAGCUACCGUUUUGGUGGUUGGCGUGAUAGCCUGGUGGGGCAUGCAUGCGUGAUGCCAAAACGGAGGUUGCAUUGUACAUGGUUGGCAUGCAUGGUGUGUGAGACCAAUCGAGAAAAAUAAGAACAGAGAGAUCCUUAUUAUUAUCGCAACAUGUUCCUAUCAAAA